AUAAAUAGCGAAACCUUUCAGACCAAAACCACUUCGUAAACGAAAUUUUUCUGAAUGUGGUGUUUCUUUGCAUAAAUGAAAAAUGACGAUGAGAUCUAAUUACACUACCACAUAAUAAAAACUAGCAAACCUACCCUGUAUUCAUGAAUAUCCAGAAAGAAAAGCUUUGGCGCUAAAGGUCAGUGGUUACAAGCAAUACCCUGAGAAUACGUCCGAGGGCUCUCGGAUCCAUAAUACAUCAAUCUAUUUCUUAAGGAGCCUUUGCCGUAUGGUAUGGGAUGAACACAUUCAGCAGCUGAUGUCAACUUGAGUGUCAGCCAUCCGGAAAAGGAAUCGGAAAAAAAGCCGGCUUAUAGUUCACUUGUCGGAAAGUUGUGCCUUGCUUGGCAAUGACAUUUAUUUGACCGGACACACAUUUAUAAUUGCCAGUUGGAAUGAUAUUUCACAGGUUGCAAAUUCGAAGGCACAACGAGAUGUAUGUAGUACUCCUCCUUAUUUGUCAGCGAAGUUAAUUCAUUUGAGUUGAACAUUGAUGGUUGUGCACAUGGUAAACAUCUUGACUUGCCUUGAACAUUGAUAACCCUGCAAAGAAGGUUUUCAAAGGCUUUUCGCUAUCUACAUUUGGGUUUCGUUGGUUGGUCUGCUAUAUUUUCUAUCUACAGUUUAAUUUAAUCUCUAUGAGAGGCCUGCACAUUGUUCGUGAGGUACCGACCCUGUAAGUAGGCAUUAUUCAGCACUGCGGAAAUAUAGGUUGUUUUGUUCAUGUAUAUACUGUAAACUGCAUUUUAGGGCUUUUAUUUGUUUGUUACUGGCAUUUAUGGGUUCGUUUGCUUGGGAUAGAAAGUUUGUUUUGUUAUUGCAGUUGUUCCCAUCUUCUUUUGCUAAGUCUCUCUAAACAAGAUCAUUUGGGAAAUGCAAAAGGAAAAGAUCAUUCUGGAAAUGAGGAAGAAAAAAUUCAUUUAGGGCUUUAGAAGAAGAAAAUUAGUAACAAUGGCUUGAAAAUGCUGCGAAAAGAGCAUUUGCAUUUGCUGCAGGGUUUGUGAAGAAAUUGUUCCUGCUAGGGUUUACAAAGUGCCUUGUCCAUGCUUCUAUGCGUGGUUCAGUGUACAUGAGUGACAGAUAAUCCAGCGAAGCGGCACAGGCUAACAACAUCGUCUGGAGAUCUGGAUAAUCCAGCGAAGCGGCACAGGCUGAGAACAUCGUCUGGAGAUCUGGGUGGAUGUCACAAGUUCUGCUCAUCUCAUACAACAGAUUCCUGAGAUUGAUGCUCAACACCCUCUCCAAGACCAAAAUCAACUGAUUGCUGUCAUGGAUGAAGAGAACAGACAUGCUGAAACAUUUUCUGAGCGAGACGAGGAAGAAGAUCCAGGAAGUCCAGUAAAGGCACGUUGUUGGGAACAGAGAGAAGCAGAGCCAGGGGAGCCUCGCUGUGUAAUUUGUGGUAGGUAUGGGCAAUACAUUUGUGAUGAAACUGAUGAUGAUGUUUGCAGCUUGGAAUGCAAAAAUUCUGUUCUUCAGAAGCACCAAUCAGAAUGUAAGAAACCAGGACCAAUUGUUCAUGCCAUCAAGGUUCCAGUUGAGGAUGAGUGCACUUAUGUUAGGGACGGACAGUCUAGCCUUCCUUGGUGGGAGCCAGAAGAAAUAAUUAAAACAAUGAACAAUGACCAGGUUGAAUCUUUGAGGAGAGAGAUAGAGGUUCAUGUGGAAGGAGAGGAUAUACCGCCUCCUAUUCUAGAUUUUGCGAACUGUAAAUUUGAUCCAAAGCUUAAUGAGAAUCUUGAAGUUGCUGGAUAUGACAUUCCUACUCCUGUACAAAUGCAGACCUUACCAGCUGCUUUGAAGGGUAGAAAUAUUUUGGUCUCAGCAGACACUGGUUCUGGCAAAACUGCUUCGUUCUUAAUUCCUAUUGUCACACGGUGUGUAAUGAUUCGCAUCCACAAGCUCUCUGAGCAAACAAAACCAUUGGCUAUUGUCUUGGCUCCCACCAGGGAACUUUGUGCACAGAUAGAAGAGCAGGCCAAAGCACUGGGGAAAGGUUUGCCUUUCAAGACAGCCCUCAUUGUAGGAGGGGAUGCCAUGCCUCGACAGAUUUAUCGAAUUAAACAAGGAAUUGAGUUGAUUAUUGCCACACCAGGAAGACUAGUGGAUCUUCUUUCAAAGAUUGACUUUGACUUGGGUGAUGUUUGUAUGCUUGUUCUGGAUGAGGUUGAUUGCAUGCUUCAGCAAGGAUUCCGUGAGCAAGUCAUGCAGAUCAUUCAGGCUUUGUCUCAACCUCAAAUAAUGAUGUUCUCAGCAACCAUUCCACGUGACAUAGAAAAACUUUCAUCAACAAUAUUAAAAAAUCCUCUUCUUAUAUCUGCAGGCAAACCAAGCAUUCCUAAUGCAGCAGUCAAACAGACAGUGAUCUGGGUUGAAACUAAGAAUAAAAAGCAGAAACUAUUUGACAUCUUGUCAAGCAAUCACCACUUUCAGCCACCUGCUGUAGUGUUUGUGAAUUCCAGAAUAGGUGCCGAUCUCCUGUCUGAUGCUAUAAAACACACGACUGGAUUGAAAGUAGCAUCUAUACACGGGGAAAAAACAAUGCUGGAAAGAAGGCAAAUAUUAAAAUCUUUUCUCACAGGAGAGCUUUUGGUUGUUGUGGCCACUGGAGUGCUUGGAAGAGGGGUGGAUCUUUUAAAAGUAAGUCAAGUUAUUGUUUUUGAUAUGCCAAAUUCAUUGCAGGAGUAUAUUCAUCAGGUUGGAAGAGCAUCAAGGCUUGGAACCCCAGGAUCAGCGAUUGUUUUUAUUAAUAACGAGGACAAGGCUAUUUUCAAGGAUUUCAUUGCACUUCUAAAGGCAGCUAAAGCACCCAUUCCUCGGGAACUUGCUAGUUCUCCUUAUUCACACUCAUCAUAUGCCUUAGUGUAUAAACAGCAGAAUCAAAGGAAGAGGAAGCAUCGGCCUCGAGGAUGACCAUGUCAUAUUCAAAGUUCUUUACAAAUGAAAGCUGAUUUUUGACCAGGAUUAAGCAGCAUCAGUUUUAAACGGCGCUUUCUGCAGAUUUUGUUGUCUAUGAGUCCAUGACACCCAUGUAGGUUUGCUCUCUUUGGAGGCUACAAUGAAUCAAAUUUAUCUAUUGUCCAUCUUUGAGUUUUAGGUUUGAACCAAAAUAAGAGAUUACUCUUUUCCAACCCAGCAAAGGAAGAGCAGGCACUUCUGUUAUCAUGUAUAAAAUGAAUUUGUGAGAAGGUUGAUGGUUGUCAAAGAUAAAACCUGUAGGAUUUUUAUGCUACCCAACACUGGGGAAAUAUUUUGCGAAGCAAACAUUAAAACUAGUGUAAUUUUAAAUAAAUGCAUUUUAUCUGUUAAUAA